AUGAACCUGCCUAUACUGAACCCAGCGACGGUGUCGGGGACCGUCGCAUCACCUCCAGUGGGGCUUCUACUACCUCUUGUGGUAUGCCCAGUACCGGACUGGCUGACCAGGAGGAGUCGUGACUGGAUAUUUUCCGAGCUGUGGAGGGCCGCAGUUGACUCUGAUCCGGAUCUGGAAGAGCUGGCGGUCUCGUUUGGUCCGAUCAUCGGCUUGGCCGCGGGACGGUUAAAAAGUUGUCAAAUGCCUUCUCCUCUUCUUCUUCUGAUUUUUCCGUUCAUAAUACAAGGGGUUUGUAGUACAAAUGAUGGGUGGGGUGUGAAUUACAGCUCUUCAUACAUCUGUGCACUAAAGGGUUCAACAGUGAUAAUAAACUGCACUUAUAAAUACCCUAAUGGACAUCAGAUCAAAAGUGUGUUCUGGACCAAUACUACUGUUAAAGGCGAAGAACCUCCAGAUCUGUUUAACGACUCUGAAUACAGUCAGAGGAUUCAAUAUCUGGGAGAUAAACAUCACAACUGCACCAUCAGACUGACUGAUGUGAGACAAACAGAUUCACAUGAGUACUAUUUCAGAUUCAUUACUGAUAAAAACAGAUGGCUUGGCUCACCUGGAGUGACUCUUGAUAUCACAGAUCUUCAGUUGGAGACUUCAGGUAAGAGAGUGACAGAGGGACAAUCAGUGACUUUAACGUGUAAAAGCAGAUGCAGUCUGACUAACAGAUUCAUCUGGUUUAAAAACACACAGCCAUUAAGUGAGAAAACAGACAAAAACAAUGAACUCAUUCUGCAGUCAGUUACAAGAGAGAAUGCAGGCAACUAUAGCUGUGCUGUACAGGGACACAAUCUCACAUCACCUCAUCGAUAUCUCAAUGUCAUCUACACUCCAAAUAAACCUGUAAUCUCCAUCAAACCUGAUGAAAUAAUGGAGGGUGAUUCAGUGAAUCUGACCUGCAGCAGUGAUGCAAAUCCACCUGUUCAUAACUACAGCUGGUUUAAAGUGAAUAAAACAACAUCUGUUGGAUCUGGACAGACGUACAUCAUUACUAACAUUAACUCCAGUCACAGUGAAGAGUUUUACUGUGAGGCUCAGAAUGAAGUCGGAUCUCAGAGAUCUGCUGCUGUUUCAGUCAGUGUUAAAGUCUGA